CAAUUUAACCCUCACACAAAUGCAUUAUUGAUUUUCAUAAACUUGACCUAGUGCUUACCCAGAACUAAUUGAACAUUGAAAAAUUCUCUAAUGUCGAGAAGCAUUCAAACUAUAACAAAAUGGGUACCAUUAGAAAUAAUAAAUUAUAAUGAUUUGUUUCAAAGUUGUAAGGAGCUACAGGCCACAGCAUUAAAUUUACUUCAUCGAGUUUGUAAGGCACUAACGAAACUGAAAGCAAGACGUGCUUGCUUUAGUUUCUUUGAAAAAGAGUUUGAAUUACAGAUUCAGGACAUUGAAGACAUUAAUACAACAAUAAUAUGUUUGGUCACAAAAUUUAACCAAGCGUUCCCUCAAUUAAACGUUGAUAUUCCAAUAAUUUCAAAUAAAAUGAAGAUGUGGUCAGACAAACUUUGGAAAAUAAAACUAAAAAUAACAUAUUUUAUAAAGGAAUUAGUACAAGAAAUGGUUCCUCUCUAUUUAAAUUACGGUGAACAGCUCCUCGUUUUGACUUUAAGAAUAUCCACAUCAUUUAAUAGUUUACUAUCAAUGGACAAUAGAUACAAUUUAAUAAAGAGCACAAGUGUUUGCAACAAUACUUGUCCAUAUUUAAUGUUUCCCAUUCGAAAAAUUUCAGUAACUAAACUUCUUCAAACCUUAGCUUUACACAGGGCCGAACUUUGUUGUCACAAAUUAAUAGAUUGCCUUCUAGACACUUACAAAAUGUAUGAUACUCACGACGAUGAUGCUGGUUCUGAUAAUUCUAGCGUAGAAAUCUAUUUGGCCCUAACAAAACAUAUGUCACCACCUUUAGAAACCAUGCAAAAUGAUGAACCCAAAAAAGCAGACAUUUCCGAGAUAGACAGCAUUAGUAACUUCCAAAAUUUGGAAGAACUAAUAACAUACGAAGAAAAAAACGUCUUAAAUCUUUUGGAAACCACCUUGAAAGUGGCACCUUUAAUGUUGGGCCACGAUGGAGUGAAAAAAUCCAAAAAUGAGGAAGGUAUGAAGAUUAGUGACAAGGCUAAAAAUAAAGUUUUAGAUUAUUACGAAGAAAUUCUGUGGGGGGAAGUUGGAAAUUAUUUGGAGCACAUUGUUUUAUGGUGGACGGCUUGCCCCAUGUCCACCAGGCCUCCACAUUCCAGCCAACAUUUACGGGAAUGGAUAAACCAGUUUAUACCUACUGCUGAUAUACCACCAGUGUUAUUAACAGCUUUGGCCACUUUAGCCGACGCCUUAGGCGUACAUGUCACUUCUACGUCUUGGGAUCAACAUUUUCGGCUUGCUUUAGUUGCUGCAAAAUCUACAAAUUCCACGGAAACUGGAAAAUUGUUCUGUGAUGUUUUACAAGACCUUGUCAUGUUGUGUAACCAGUGUGAAAGCACACCCGACUGGAUAAUUGGCGCACCUUUGGAUGAAUUACCUUUGGUGGAGCAAAUUCCAGUUCUUCAUAGACUAGAUCACUCGAUACACACAACAAGACUUUGGGCAGCCAGUGAAACGAAGAAACUAGCCAACACCUGGGAUGUUGAUAAAUUUUUUGCUAUAACUCACGGUGAUAUAGUUAACUGUUUGUCCCAGUUGAAUGGCUUGAAAAUGGCUGAUCAUACUGUGGAAAUUGAAAAGGGUGGACUGGGUGUGCAUGUGGAAGUUUGUACGCUGAUGAGGGCAAAACUAGUUUCAGAAGUUAAAGUUAACUUUCAAAAACUGAAGGACACACCAAGUGAAUGUGUAGAUGUUCUGGCCAGUGUUUGUCGUACCAUAUGUUUGGCAAAUCUUCAAAUGAUUUUUCCCGCUAACUCCUAUUGGAAAAGAAUUGAGAAUCAAGCACCAAAUAAACCUAGUGAUUAUGUUGAAAAAUAUUUAGAAAGGAUAUUGAGUCCAGUAUUGGCAGCUACCGAUGACUACAUUAUAAAUAACAUGAUAUUAAAAUUAAUUUGUGAAUCUUGGUUGGACCACAUAUACAUAAAUAAAAUAAAAUUUUCGCAGCAUGGGGCCUGUCAAUUACUUUGCGACUUCGCACAUGUUGGAACUUGGUUAGUAAACUCGACUAUUGUAUCCCAAUCAAUCAGGAAGAAACUGGUCAAGAACGAAAUUCUGCGAAGGUGUGAAGGAGUUGGACGAUUACUGUUGAGAUGUCCUGGUGAUCAUUUAAAAAUGGUUGAUAAAAAUAAAAGAAAACCUUCCAGGAGUGAUGAAUCUGAAACUGCUGAAUUAAUGCCGGCUGAAAUGUAUGUGCCCAAUCAAGAACAAUGGUUGGAGCUUAGAGCUGUAAAGAAGAAGACCCUAUUCUCGACUACACUUUGCUGUGGAAAAUAAAGUAUAUUAAUAUUUAAUAUGAAACCAUUCAUGUCAGAUUGACCACGACCAGUAAUUUCACUUAAAUAAAAUAAAAUGUUAUGAAAGAAAUACAAUACAUUACUUUUUUAAUACCUUGAGUAGGAUUGGCAUUAAAAUGUUUUUAGUUUAUUUUGCUCAAAAUUAAUAUUAAAUUAUUGUUAAAAAAUAAUAAAA